AUGAGUAGAGUACCUUAUGCUAGUGCAGUGGGAGCCAUCAUGUACACCAUGACUUGUACACGUCCUGAUGUCGCAUAUGCACUGGGUGUAACUAGUCGAUAUCAAGCAAAUCCAGGUGAGGAACACUGGAAAGUGGUUAAGACUAUUCUUAAGUACUUAAGAAGGACUAAAGACCAAUUCCUCAUCUAUGGAAAUUCUGAAUUAAGUCUUAAAGGUUAUACAGAUGCAAGUUUUGCAUCAGACAAGGAUGAUAGCAAAUCUAUUUCAGGUUACGUCUUCACAUUAAAUGGUGGUGCAAUAAGUUGGAAAAGUUCCAAACAAGCUAUGGUAGCAGAUUCUACUACCGAAGCGGAGUACAUAGCAGCAAGUGAGGCGGCUAAAGAAGCAGUUUGGAUGAAAAAGUUUAUAUCUGAACUUGGAGUGGUCCCUUCAAUAGAAAACUCUGUACCAUUAUUAUGUGACAAUAAUGGAGCUAUUGCUCAAGCAAAGGAGCCAAGAUCACAUCAGAAAUCCAAACACAUUCUUCGGAGAUAUCACUUAAUUAGAGAGAUCAUUGAACGUGGUGACGUCAAGAUUGAGAAAGUGGAUGGAAAAGAAAAUGCGGCAGAUCCGUUCACAAAGGCACUUGGCAUAAAAGUUUUUGACAAGCACAAGUGUGAAAUAGGAUUGAAGUACAUGACUGAUUGGCUUUAG